AUGUCAUAAAUUACAAAAGCAGCCACUACUCUAUCACAGAUAUUACUAUUCAACUUCAAAAUAGUUAUUAUGACAAAAUAUUAUCAAUCAUCCAAAUUUUUCUGUUUAAUAAUGAAAGAAAAUUUUCAUUUGGUUCGAUACGUUUAUUAAGUAGUAUCACAAUGGCAGAUAUAAAUUGGUACCAAUCCAAUGGGAAAUGUUCGGGGGGAUCUUCUGGCAAGAGUGAAAGAAUUAUUUCCUUAUACUCUUUGGCUGAUGUACAGCUACGGUUUUUGUGUCCUGAAGAUUUGGAUGAGGUGAGAGCCCUGUGUCAAGAAUGGUUUCCCAUUGAGUACCCUUUUUAUUGGUAUGAACAGAUUACUUCUACUAGUGGUAAAUUUUACUCGUUAGCUGCCGUCUACAACCAUCAAAUAAUCGGUUUGAUCGUUGCAAAAAUCAAAGCGUACGAAAAUUUAAAUGACGAAGACAAGGGCAUUUUGGCAAAGUCCUUGUCCGAUUCAGAAAUAGCGUACAUUCUGUCGCUGGGAGUACUCAAAGAAUAUCGAAGGAAUGGUAUCGCCUCAUUGCUACUUGACUCUUUACUGAAACAACUCGUAACUCCUGAAAGGCGAAGAGUCAAAGCGGUGUUUCUACACGUAUUGACAACGAAUUCGGCUGCCAUUAUGUUUUACGAACAGAAAAAAUUUAGGUUACAUAGAUUUCUACCAUAUUACUAUUCUAUCAAAGGAAAAUGUAAAGAUGGAUUUAUGUAUGUUUUAUAUAUAAAUGGAGGCCAUCCACCUUGGACGAUAUACGACUAUGUACAGUUCAUGUGUAGCAAAGUGAUAAACGGCGUAGGUCUCUUCCCAUGGAUGGUGUUCCAAAUUAACAGGGCGCUGCAUUGGGUGUGGAGAGAGCCGAAAAGUAAUGACCACGAAAAUCAUUAAACAAAUUAGAAAACUAGUCUCUGAAAUGCGGAAUGUGUCGAAAAUUAUUUUUUAUUUUAUAAAGAAUACAAUUAUCAAAUAAUUUAUUGUAUGUUUUACGUACUUUAAGGUUUUUAGUUUUCAAUUUUGAAUAAUUGAAUCAUGUGUUAUUGUGAUUAUAUCAAAUUGAGAAAAACCUUUAAAUUGUUAUAUUUUGAUAGCAGAAAUUGAUUUAUUAUUUAUACAUAUUUAAUUUUAUUUAUAACUUUUACAGCUUUAGAAGAACUUAACAAAGAAAUUCAUACGAAGAAAAAGAAGAAUUUUAUAUUUUUCUAGAAAUGGCUUGUAUAUUUACUCAUAAUGUGUGUCUACAGUAUAAAUGCAGCCGUAACAGGCUUUAAGAACGCAUCGUUUGAAAUUUUUCUUCACACUUUUUUGUCCAUGGCAUCCCCGGUUUCUUAUUCUCUUGUUUGAACUUUCAUUCUCAAAGUUCAACUGCUUUUUAAAUUUACAUUUCACGUUUUUAUAUUACUACGCCACAAACUUUACCUUCUUUUUUCCUUCACUGUAUAUCCAGUUACGGUACCUAUAUUUUUUCCAAUAUGUAGUUUCGUCAAACUAGCUAAGAUAACAUCAAUGUAAUGCCUUAAUCGACUCCUUGUAACGAACUGUGUUACAAAUAACCUUUAAGAAGCAUUGGAAUACUAGUAAAUCUUGGUAUAUAAUUUAGGUAUAAUGGUGCUUAGUGAACGGUAAUCGUUAACAAAAAUGUAUUCCUCGACUCCGAUGGUUUCAGAAUGUAAAUAAGCAACGUUUGCAACCCGUUCUUCUAUAGUGUUUCGAGGUUUCGCCUCUCAUCAGGAAGACUUGUAGUGGUUCGAAUUGAAAUGAAAUGUUGUUUAUCUAUAUGGCCGUUAGAGUAACAUAACAAACCUGGGGCCUGAUUCUAAUUCAUGUCGAGGUCGCAUUUUAAUUUCGACUCCGCCAUGACAGUCGCAAUUUAUAGCGAUUCUUAUUCAUUUCGAUAUUAGUUCCAACUGGGGAUAUUAACGUUAUUAUUUUGACACUGCUCAGUAUUUGGGUUGGUCCUCCUGUUUAUUGGAUUUAUUGGCUAUGCAACCAUCGCAACGUUUGUUGAUAGUCUGGGCAAACUAUCGAAAACAUGUAAUUUUUGGGAAAAGAUAUUUACCAGCUAUUUUAUUGCUAAAAUCGAAUCUUAAGAUUGCAUAUAUUAGUAAUAUGGGAUAUGUCAAGUCCGCAGAAAGUGUGUUAUGUUAUUUAUAAACAAAUUAGCACUCCUAAAUAUUUUUUUUUUCAAUUAGUGCUCUGUAACUCCUAAGAUUUUUCCUUUAACCAAAAAUACUCAAAUAAAAAUUCACCGUAAUUUAGUUCUGCACAAAGUUAUUUUUUUCCGAUUUCCUUCAACAAAAAUUUUCCUCGGAAAAUCCGAGUUUUCCCAAAAAAAUCUGCAAUUUUCAAUUAAAAUUUUAGGCAAGUAAUUUAUCAAUAAUUAAAUAAAUUGUUGACAUGAAAGAUUUUUUAGAGAUUAUAUUAUAUAAGGAGGCCGGCGACAAUGUUAAUUAAAAAAUUUCGGUAGAAAUAAUAACCAGAAAGAUUAUGAUACACCAGAAUAACUAUGAUUUUCGUAUAAAAAAGCACUAUACCUAUUCAACGUACUUUACAGAAUUUGAAAUUGGACUAUUUGAGCGGUCUCAGAAAUGUUAUAAAGAAACAAUUUUUUGGCUUAUAAACAAAUACCCCUCAGAAAAUAUUAGAUUAAAUCAAUUAAGUCAACGCUGUUGAAAAGGGCACGGCUUCUGUGCCCUUUUCGAAGAAAAAAAAAUUGAAUUGAGAAGAGUGGUUCCAGGUAUAACCGGUCAAAUUUGACCGGCAUUUGCGACAGAAUUAUAAACAACAGGAUUUCAAUCUUUGAACCAUUACCUUUUUAUUCCGGCCCUCUUUGUACAAAUUUUCAUAUCUUCAAGACACUCAUAACCAAAAAGAUUUAUGCCACCAAGUUAUUUAAUUAUUAAUAAAUAAUUACUUCCCUAAAAUUUUAGUUGAAAAUUAAAGAUUUUGUUUGGAAAACCCGAAUUUUCCGAGGAAAAUUUCCGCCGAAGGAAAUCGGAAAAAAUAUCUGUGCAGAAUUAAAUUACAGUGAAUUUUUAUGUGAAUGUUUUUGGUUUAACGUUAAAAUUUUCCGAGUUACAGAGCAAUAAUUGAAAAAAAGAUUCCGGGGCGCUAAUUUGUUUAUAAACCAAAUAGCACACUUUCUGCGGACUUUGCAUAGCUAUAUUACUAAUAUAUGAAAUCUUAAGAUUUGAUUCCAGCAUGUCCAACAAUAAUAUAGCUGGUUCAUAAUUUUCCUUGUUUUAUACUAAUUUUCCCAGAUUAUUACCUUACAUCUUUCAGAGUUGAUAAUUCACGUUGUGGACAUUCUCAAUUAUUAUAUUUCUUAUUUAAUACUAUUCUAUCUAAUUCCUCCAAACCCAGCAAAUUUCCAUAAAACCCAGCCAUAUUAAUACCUUUUGUUUUAGUUUUCGUUGCAAGAAACAAACAAAACACAUCUCCUAAACUAAACCUAACCCCCCUUUCGGCCAUUCAUUCAUGUCCGUGUCACAAUUUAAUGACAUAAUUUAGUUAGUUCAGCUAAAAUCCGCAAGGCUCGCACAGUCGCAUUUCAACGUCGCCAUAUUGAUUGCGACUUGUUUUGAGUCGAAAUUUGAAUUAGAAUCAGGGCCCCGAGUACGCUAGUAGCGACCUCUACACGAAGCAACAAGAUUCGAGGUGCAACCUCGAAACACGUGUGUAAUAAUAGUGCAGCUCGAAUUGAAACGAGAUUCUAUUUUCAUCUUAACGUCUUUUCUCUACGUAGAGUGCAAAAAUAUGGUGUUUUGAAAGGGUAAACUACAGAUGUAUUGUUGGAAUAAAAAGUUAUUCCGAACAUCGUCCAAUAACUUCCAACAAGCUUAAAUUCGCAGUUUACCUAAUUAGAAUCACUUCUUUUCAUUCAAACAUGCUGCAAAUAAUCUACUACUUAGCAUUUCAAGUAGUUUCGGCGAUCCUGAUCCUGAGUUUUGAUUAUAUUUUCCUUGGUCCUGGAGAAUUUUUUAACUCUCUUUGUUUGUGGUAACUGCAAUAGGUGGUAUGCCAAAACCUUGGAAGUUUUCAGGAGGGACAAAAACCAUUUCAUACUUUCCCAGUUGCAAAAAGUUCUAUGUCAAAUAUUGGAGCAUAAAAAUAAUAAUCUAAAUUGAUUAUACCUUGUUAUAAGCAUUGAUCGUAUAAACAUAACUACUUACCUUUAUAUUUUGUAAGUAUAUUAUAUUAUGAUUAGUAAUGUUCCAACUAUUUUUUUUUGGCAGCAUCUCUGAUCACAGCUUGACAUAAGGUUGUUUGCAGUGGCCAAAUAACAUUGUCAAACUAUUCGACUUUUUGAAACUCGACUUUAUACUCGACUUCCUAUUGGGCUGUUGACGUACGACCUUUUCAAGUUGUGUAAAUGACUGAAUUGAUCGGUCACUUGUAAUAAACCAAACUCCAUAUGAUUUUGACAUACGGCCUAUUGCAGUUACCACGACGUACUCUUCUUCCAUUAUUUAUAAUGUUGGUGCUGUUUACUCUUUUCCUAGCUUUUAUCCUAGGUAUAUGGUUCUCUAUGCAAGAAGUGCAAAUAUAUUAUAUUCGCACUUUUUAUCAGGUGUUAUUUUUCUUUUAAACUAUCUUUAAUUUCUCUACAUUUUAGUUGUUCUUAUCCGUUUUAUAAUACUUUUAGAUACAAGACCUUGUUUCGUUUGCUUGGAGUGUCUUCGCUGCUUUUUUAUGCACACAUUUAACCAUUUUUGUAUUUUUACGUCGUCGAUUUGUGUCUUUUUCUUUUUAUGUUAGUUUCCAGGAAUAAAGUAAACGCCUGCUUUUAUUAUCCAAGUUGUAUUGCGUUCUUCCUAAUUUUGUUCCGUUUUUUAGUUCGGUCUUUGCCUCCGAAAUGCAUAUACGUGUAAAAUUAUCAAAAGGAAUCUAUAAAUUUACAUUACAUUACAUAGUUUCCCACCUUUAGACGUCUGUAAGAGGAGAUUUUUAUAAAAUUUUGUCACAAUGUUAGUUGUCAUACUCCUCCGAUACGUCUAAAGGUGGGAAACUAUGUAAUAUAAUGGUUAUAGGUUUAGUUAAUGGUUAUAUCUCUUUUUAUAUCACACAACGUAUUAUGUUUUCCAUCUUUUGCGUUAUUUUGUUGGUUUUUAGUGCACUCAUCACUGUACACUCUAGAUCUUUUGUGUAUUUUUGAAACUACUUGUGGCCUUUCUUAAAAGGUUGACGAAAUCCACCAUAGAAAUUGUUCUCAAAAUAUGUGGAUCUCAUUUAAGAUUGUGGAUUAUUCCAAUUAAGUACCGGGUGGACCAAAAGUCAGUUAACCGAUUUGUAUAUUAAUAAAAGCAAAAAUAACUGAAGUAAAAAAAACGUUUAUUGUUUAUUGUAAAUAAGUAGGUACAAAGAAGUGCAUGCUUUACAUUUUAUGCUCAGAAUGUAAACCACGUUCAUCAAUUCAUUUUUGGCAACGCUUAUACACAGUGAAACAAGUCUUUCUACAGACUUUUCCAAAUUGGCACGGAGAACUUCAAAUUGGCAAAAACUUUAUCUUUAAGUACAUACUCCCUACAAGGUAAAAUCACAGGGCGUCAAAUCUGGCGAACGCGCGGGCCAUUCAGUUAUGUCUCUUCUCCCUAUCCAAUCACUAAACUGGUCAUUUAGAAACUCACGAACUUGCAAUCCGUAAUGAGGCGGUGCACCGUCUUGCUGAAAAUAUCGAAUACCUUGUAACUGUGAAUUAUUUGCAAGGCCCUUAACAGAACAUGAUAUAUUUUCUUGGAGACGCCGCAAACUUGCGCGUGAGUUUUUUUGAUAGCGUUAACUGACUUUUGGGCCACCCGGUAUAGUAGAUAACUCUCGUGUGUUUAUACAAAGUGUACUUAUGUAUGCUCUUGUGGGCAAAAAGUCAUUCAAAAUCUUUACACCCUAAACUUCACUUUAUAUACUGAAACAUAUGCCUAGUGUUACGACAUAAAGGUACGCGCGCACUUGACGAAACCGGCAACGAAACGCACCGCUACAGCCCGGAAUUAAAUGCCGUAACGCGCGUUUACCGGAAAACUUUCGUCAUCAUGGAAGAUGGAUCCAAAAACUAUUAUUGUUAGUUUGUAGUGCCAGGAACAACACAACAGAAAGGGCAAUGGAAAGAGCAAUGUUUGGUAUACGACUGUCCGAUAAAAAGAAUAUCGACUGGGUAAGAUCAAAAACAAAGGGCGAGGAUAUCACAACAAAAAUUGCCAAACUAUACUUUUUGCAUAUAGCCAUAAAAACAAAAAAUAUAUAGACUUAUUGCUUUUCAAAAUAUGUCCCACCAAGUUCGAUACACUUCUGCAUACGUUCAAACCAAUUGGUAAAACAGUUAUUUCAGUCUUCAGCGGACACCUGCAAAAUGGCCGUUUUAAAGGCAUCGAUGGCUUCUUCUGGCGACUGGAAUCGCCGCCCACGCAUUGAAUUGUUGAUCUUUGGAAACGUGAAGAAGUCGUUGGGACUUGAGUCGGGGCUAGACGGUGGAUGGUUUAACAAUUCGAUGUUUUGAAGCUCCAAAAACUCUAUUGUCUUUUGGGCAGUGUGACCGCUUGCAUUGUCAUGGUGUAGGAUGAUUCGCUGUUGUGUGUUGCUUUGUCGGAGUUUCGCGAUAACUUCUGGUAAACAAACGGUUAUAUACCAAUCAGAAGUAACCGUUCUUCGAUCUUCUAGAGCAAUUGUUGCCACCAGCUUUUGACACAAAAGUUGCGACUAUUUUCUUUGACACACUUCGAGGACGGAUCACUUUUGUUGGUUUUUCGUCAUAUUGAAACACCCACACACUGGAUUGGCGUUUAUUUUCCGGUUGGUAGGAGUAAAUCCAAGACUCAUCGCCACUAACAAUACUAUAAACCUUUUUUGAGCUUCCUUUGUUGAACCGUUCCAAUGUUUUUCGACACCAAUUGACGCGAGCCGCUUUUUGCUCUUCUGUAAGCAAAUGAGGGAUCCAACGGCGAACCAACUUCCUAACACACAGUUCUUCAUGUAGGAUCUUUUGGAUCGAGGUCUUUGAAAUGCCCAACUGACCAACCGCAUCAAUGUUUUGUCGCUUGACUGAUGUUUUGGGUGGACCUGGCCUGGAUUCGUCGCUGAGACUGGAGAGAUCACGUUGAAAUUCGCAAUACCAGCGGGAAAUAGUUGACUAAAUUCCCAAACACAGAAAUCAUUUCAGCGUGACAUUGCUGUUGGGAUAAUCCUCUCCGAAAAUUGUAAAAAAUUAUUACUCGAAAAUGUUCUCGGCUAAGAUCCAUUUUUCGACCGACUCGCUAAUUUCAAAAAUUCACUGUAUAUACACGACUUAUUGUAACGCAAUGAAAUUCUCGAUUUAUGUCAACAAAAGAUUGAAGUUACGUUUGUGUUGGAAGGUUUUAGUGGUGGCGCCCUCUAAGCGGCUAUAUGCAAAACUAAAAACACAAGCCACGUAUUGCUCAGGAUAGAGAUCGAUGGAAGGAGAUGGUGAGAUGUCUAUGUCCGUAAAUGGAGGAUAGAAGGCUAAGAAGAAGUGCGAGGAGGAGGAGGAACAACCAAAAAGAUUACAAAAGAUUACAAAAAGAAGCGUAAUAAAUGGAUGUAUAAAAUUUGUAAAAAGCGAAACAUGGAAAGUAAAUUUGCUACCGAUUUCCUUUUUUGUAUACGAAUGCUACAUAAUGUCGCAUGUGCUCUGAUAUUUCGCUCCAACAGUUAGUUUAUAUGAUACGUCACAAAGACAUUAAAUUGCCGAUCGUCUCUGUGCGUUCCGUUGCCGACCGGUUCGGUCAAGUGGGCGCGUAUCUUAAAUGUAGUUAAAAAUCGUGAUAUUUUAAUUAAUUAAUUUAUAUUUUUAUUGAACGUGAUUAAUUUUAAUUAUAUUGUUGUUUCUAUACAUCACAUUAUUAGCCAAUCCUGUUAAACUAUUUUAAAUAAAGUAUUUUGCACGUUUUAAAUAUUUUAUUUAAAUAUACAAUAUAAAAAAAAUAUAUUUAUCUGUAUUGCCGCACCAUAUUUUCGACACAUUUUGUAUACACCUAUAAAUACAGUAACCAAUAAACAAAUUAUUUGUUACACAGUUUUUGUAUGAGAUAUUUAUAUAAAGUUAGUAUUA